GGCAGGGGUAGGGGCUGGGGCCGGCGCGGCCGCCUCUGACGGGUAGUCGGGCACCCACAGCAGCUGCAGCCGUUCCAGCCUCCUCGCUGUUCCUGGGAUACUGCAUCACACUCGGUCUGGCCUCGGGGCCUUUGCACUGGCUGUGUCCCCUGCCUGUGAUGCCAUUCUCCUCUGCCUGGCCAACUCUUACCUUUGUUCACGUCUGGACCCUGUCAUCGGCUCCUCAGGAAGGCACUCCAGGACCCCCAGAUGGGGGCGGUUCCCCGUGACUCCUGGCACGGAGCCCAACCCCUUCCUUGUUCAAUGGUUCCUUGAGGAAUCAUUCCCAUGUGAUUAUCGAUCAUUUGGCAGGCGUUGUUCAAAGUCAAGGACCCCACUGAGUCCUGGCUCAGCACCCUGCGCCCACUGGUCGCCGGAGGGACAGACCGGGGCGUGCAGCUGACCAUCCCGUGCCCGCAGGCCGAGGAUGCAGCGUUGGAAGGCGGCGGCCUUGGCCUCGGUGCUCUGCAGCUCUGUACUGUCCAUCUGGAUGUGUCGAGAGGGCCUGCUUCUCAGCCACCGCCUCAGACCUGCGCUGGUCCCCCUGCGCCGCCUGCCUCGAACCCUGGACGCCCGGAUCGCCCGCCUGGCCCAGUACCGUGCACUGCUGCAGGGCGCCCCGGAUGCGGUGGAGCUGCGUGAGCUGACGCCCUGGGCAGGGCAGCCCCCUGGUCCGCGCCGCCGGGAGGGGCCCCCGCGGCGGCGCGCGCGUGAGCGGUCGGGGGCGCGGCCGUGCGGGCUGCGCGAGCUGGAGGUACGCGUGAGCGAGCUGGGGCUGGGCUACGCGUCCGACGAGACGGUGCUGUUUCGCUACUGCGCAGGCGCCUGCGAGGAGACCACGCGCGUCUACGAUCUGGGGCUGCAGCGCCUGCGCGAGCGGCGGCGCCUGAGGCGGGAGCGGGUGCGCGCGCAGCCCUGCUGCCGCCCGACGGCCUACGAGAACAAGGUGUCCUUCCUGGACGCGCAGAGCCGCUACCACACGGUGCGCGAGCUGUCAGCGCGCGAGUGCGCCUGCGUGUGACCCUACCUCACCCAGCCGGCGCGAUGGCCACGCCCCCCGCCCCGACGGCACCACCGACCGGCCCAGCGGCAGACUGCGAGUGCGCAGAGCACGUUGGCGCGGCCCCGUGACUCUCGCGAUAACUGUACUGAGAUAAAGUGUGGGAA